GAAUAGAGUCCUGCAGACGUAGCUUGGGCGGUGGGAACAUGAAUCUCUUACCUAAAAGCGCCAAGGACUUUGGCUCUGUUGACUAUUGGGAGAAGUUCUUCCAGCAGCGAGGAAAGAAAGCCUUCGAGUGGUAUGGAACUUACCUGGAACUGUGCGGGGUGCUGCACAAAUACAUCAAGCCCAGGGAAAAGGUCCUAGUGAUUGGGUGCGGCAACUCAGAGCUGAGCGAGCAGCUAUAUGAUGUGGGCUAUCAGGAUAUAGUGAACAUCGACAUCAGUGAGGUCGUCAUCAAGCAAAUGAAGGAACGCAGUGCCAGCCGAAGGCCCCAGAUGAGCUUCUUGAAGAUGGACAUGACGCAGAUGGAGUUUCCUGACGCCUCAUUCCAGGUGGUGUUGGAUAAGGGCACCCUGGACGCUGUCCUGACGGAUGAGGAGGAGAAGACCCUGCAGCAGGUGGACAGGAUGCUGGCUGAGGUUGGCCGUGUCCUGCAGGUGGGCGGUCGCUACCUCUGCAUCUCCCUGGCUCAGGCUCACAUCCUGAAGAAAGCAGUGGGUCACUUCUCUCGGGAGGGGUGGAUGGUGAGGGUGCACCAAGUGGCCCACAGCCAGGACCAGGUGUUGGAAGCAGAGCCUCAGUUCUCCCUGCCUGUUUUUGCCUUCAUCAUGACCAAGUUCAGGCCAGUCCCUGGCUCUGCCCUUCAGAUCUUUGAGCUAUGUACUCAGGAGCAGGGCAAGCCUGUGCGGCUGGAGACUGCCGAGCAGCUGGCUGAGGCAGUGCGGGAGCGGCAGCAGUAUGCCUGGCUGUGCGGCCAGCUGCGCCGCAUGGCCGGGCUGGGGAGUGUUUCUCUGGACUUGUGCAAUGGGGACACGGGGGAGCCACGCUACACCCUCCACGUGGUGGACAGCCCCACUGUGAAACCAUCGCGGGACAGUCAUUUUGCCAUUUUCAUCAUUCCCCAGGGCCGGGAAACUGAGUGGCUCUUUGGCAUGGAGGAGGGCCGGAAGCAGCUAGCAGCUAGUGCAGGCUUCAGGAGGUUGAUCACAGUGGCCCUUCAUCGAGGUCAGCAGUACGAUGGUAUGGACAGCAUUCAGGCUGAGCUGUCGGCCAGAGUCAUGGAGUUGGCUCCCGCUGGGAUGCCUCCCCAGCAGAAGGUGCCCUUUCUGUCUGUGGGUGGAGACAUCGGGGUCCGGACUGUUCAGCAUCAAGACUGCAGCCCCUUGAGUGGUGACUACGUCAUUGAGGAUGUGCAAGGGGAUGACAGGCGAUACUUCCGGCGACUGAUCUUCCUCAGCAACAGGAAUGUGGUGCAGUCUGAAGCCAGGUUGCUGAAGGAUGUGUCUCACAGAGCCCAGAAGAAACGGAAAAAAGACAAGAAGAAGCAGCGAUCUGCUGAUACUUCGGAGGACCUUCCUUCCGCCCCAGGGCAGUCCAUUGAUAAGAGUUACCUGUGCUGUGAACACCAUAAAGCCAUGAUUGCUGGCCUUUCCCUGCUGAGAAACCCUGAGCUGCUCCUAGAGACUCCAUUGGCAUUGUUGGUGGUGGGCCUGGGUGGGGGCAGCCUCCCCCUCUUUGUCCAUGAUCAUUUCCCAAAGUCCCACAUCGAUGCUGUGGAGAUCGACCCCUCCAUGUUGAAAGUGGCCACCCAGUGGUUUGGCUUCGCCCAGAGUGAUCGGAUGAGGGUCCACAUUGCAGACGGUCUGGACUACAUUACCAGCCUGGCGGGCAGAGAAGAAGCACGACCUUACUAUGACAUCAUAAUGUUUGAUGUAGACAGUAAGGACCCAUCACUGGGAAUGAGUUGUCCACCCCCAGCGUUUGUUGAACAACCUUUCCUUCAGAAAGUCAAAAGCAUCCUGACUCAUAAAGGUGUCUUUAUCCUUAAUCUUGUGUGCCGAGACUUGGGGCUAAAAGAUUCAGUGCUGGCUGGUCUCAAGGCAGUGUUCCCUCUCCUGUAUGUCCGGCGAAUUGAGGGAGAAGUGAAUGAGAUCCUGUUCUGUCAGCUGUACCCAGAGCAGAAACUUGCCACACCAGAGCUCCUGGAAAUUGCCCAGGCCUUGGAACGGACCCUGAGGAAGCCUGGGCAGGGAUGGGAUGACACAUAUGUUCUGUCAGAUAUGCUCAAGACUGUGAAGAUUGUGUGAUCACUGACUCCGGCAGCCCUCUCAGCUUCCUUCCCAGACUGCCCUGAGACUCCUGGCCUGCCAGAGAUUGAAGAAAUGUGAUGCACAAUACUUAAAGACCUCAUAUUUUUCUUGGUUUCAUACUCAGCUACAUGCAGCCUCCAGCUUGCUGGGGUUGCCUGAAGAUCUGGGAAAAUAAAAGUCC